CGCUUUUAAGCUUGAAAAUUGGCAUCAAGCCGCGGCUUACUACUGUUCCUGGCCGUUAAAAAUUGUACAUUCAUUUCACGGUAUUCGACAUCUUCUCCCCCCAAUUGACUUCCUUCUUAUCCAAUAACAAGAAUCAAGAAGAAUACAAAGUUCAAGAUGUUGCGCUGGGGAAUUCUUGGUACCAGCUUCAUCUCUGACACCGUUGUCAAGUCGAUCCUCGCCAGCCCUGGUUCACGCAUCACGGCCGUCUUUGGACGCAAUGAGGCCCGUCUCGACGCUUUUGCUGCAAAAUACAACAUCGCCACCAAAUACCAGGACCUGGAAGCUCUGAUUGACGAUGCCGAGGUCGAUGUCGUCUAUGUCGGCUUGCCUAGCCAUAUGCACUCUUCCGCUGUGAUUGCUGCCGCGAAGAGGGGUAAGGCCAUUCUCUCAGAGAAGUCUCUCGCAACAACCAUGGAGGAUUCGCAUGCUAUGAUUGCAGCUGUCAAGGAGGCGAAUGUUUUCUUCCUCGAGGGACUCAUGUAUCUCUCUCACCCUUUGAUGGAGAAGGUUGCCUCCAUUGUGCGAUCUGGUGUUCUCGGCUCGAUCAAGGGCAUGUCAGGCUACUACGCCGCCAACAUCUGGAAGAAGGCCAACCCUCUGGGCAUGGGCACCAUUUACAACCUGGGAUGCUACCCAGUUUCCCUGGUGCAUUUCAUCAUGGAGACGGCGUUUGGACCUGAUGCGUUUGAGAAGAGACAGCUUACUGGCAUGGGCAACCUGUCCAACGAAGGCAGUCUGCAUGCCCGUGACGCUUCUCUCAAUGUUCGGUUCGACAAUGGCGUCUUGGCCACAAUUCAGUCAACUGAUAGCUUUGGCAACGAUUUUUCCUUUUCUAUUCAGGGCGACAAGGGUGUUCUGCGAUUCAAGACAAACCCCUGGCUCCCACUGGCGGGCGACAACGUUAUUGAGAUUAAGACUUAUGGUGGAGCGACAGAAGAGAUUGUUGUUUCAGCCCAGAUGGAUGCUUUUGGGCACCAGGUGAAGCGUGUGGAAGAGUGCAUCGCACAAGGUCUCAAGGAGGCCCCGAGGCCAUCACCAAGCUGGACCAACUCUGUUUCGAUUAUGGAUUUGCUCACCUCGUGGGAGAAUGACAUUAAAAAGCGAGCGAACUAAAUGAUGUCUUUAGAAAUGCGCUGAGAGUCGGCCAGAAAGGGCGAAGCUAACCAUAAGGAACGACGUACAUACUGCAAUAUGCAGUCAGUCCCUAUACCUAGAACUGCGUUAUCUACACUACACCAAUAAAAGAAUAUUAUUUACAACGAGUUUGAAGUGCAGCCCUAGCAAAUAUUGCAGAAUUCGAUAGAUAUCAGGCGUCUCUUUCAGUGACGGGGAGAAGGCAAUGCCACUAUGAUCUUAUUCAUCGCCAUCAGCAACCAGUGCCAUAAUAUUGGAAGUGAUAAUUUUUGUUCUAGAGCAAAGAAAAUGGUCUUUUUUAAAGGAGAAUAUAUGUAGUAUCUUUACUAUUAUGUAUCUGGGGACAUAACUGUCAUCCUGCUAGGCCUCUCACUAUACUAGGAGCCCAAUACACCCAUCAAAUAUACAUAGCUCAUUAACGUGUAUCAAAUAGCG